UCUAAAAUGAAAGGGAAACCCGCAGUUACUUCCCUGAUGCCUUCUCUCCUUAAAAAAGCGAGCUGAGCGACAACACACGGAAUCAAUUCAAUCUAAAUCUAAAUCUAAAUCAAACGAUCAUCGUCAAAAAGCCAGAUGAUCGAAGCAAUGGACGGCUUUGAUCGGCUCCCGGACUCCUUAAUCCUCCUCAUCUUCAACUCUAUCUCCGACAUCAAGGCACUAAUCCGUUGCCGUUCCGUUUCGAAACGUUUCAACUCACUAGUCCCCCAAACCGAAUCCCUCUCUCUCAAAGUCGACUGCGUCAUCUCACCUGAGUCGGACUCCGACUCGCUCUUCACUCUCUUCAAAUCUCUCCUGAAAUCCAUCCACGAUCUCUUCAAACCCGACCCCAAACCCACGGCCCGAAACCAAACCCAGAACUCCCCGGCCCGAAUCCUCUCCCAGUUCGACCGGAUCCGUGACCUCCAAAUCGAACUGCCAGCUGGCGACUUGAAAUUAGAGAAAGGAGCCGUUAUCAAAUGGAGAGCUGAAUUCGGCAAGUCGUUAAAAAGCUGCGUUAUUCUAGGGUUUCGCCGCGUAGCAAAUCCCGAGGGAAAUAGUGCUGACGAGGAAAUUGAUUUUACGGGAGGGUUAAAAACAAGAGUUGUGUGGGCAAUAAGUGCGUUGAUUGCAGCAUCGGCGAGGCAUUAUCUGUUAAACGACGUCGUCAAGGGGCAUAGGGAGAUGGAGAGGUUGGUGUUGGUGGACAGAGAAGGGGAAGGGACGGUGGCGAUGGAGAAGGAAGGGUUGAGGGAGUGUAGGGAGGCGGCGCGUGGAGGAGAGUGGGAGGAGGACGGGGGGAGGACGGUAGUGCCGAGUGUGAGGAUGAGGAUGAGGCACGAGCAAAGAGUGCAGUUGAAGGAUGGAGUUUGGAUGGAAGGUGUGACGUUGGUGGUGGUCAGGCCUUGUAGCGGCGGAGGGGAUGGGGAGGAUGCUGAGUUGGCAUUAGGUGCGUUCGGUGGUGGGAUUUACGGAGAAGCUGUACAGGUACUCCUUAAGAAUAAGAGUUAUUUAUUGGAAAUGAAUUCCUUCUAAUGCUGGUGUGUUUUUUGUUCUUGUUGUUUCAUGUUUUAGAUUUUACACUCGAGGUUGUAUUUACGUGUACAUGUUUUUGAGAAGAAUAAAAUUAAUAAUAAGGAUUUCAGCAUUUUGACUCAA